ACUGAUAUAUUGGCAGCAUUCCGAGUAACUCCUCAACCUGGAGUUCCACCUGAAGAAGCAGGGGCCGCGGUAGCUGCCGAAUCUUCUACUGGUACAUGGACAACUGUAUGGACCGAUGGACUUACCAGCCUUGAUCGUUACAAAGGGCGAUGCUACCGCAUCGAGCGUGUUGUUGGAGAAAAAGAUCAAUAUAUUGCUUAUGUAGCUUACCCUUUAGACCUUUUUGAAGAAGGUUCUGUUACCAACAUGUUUACUUCCAUUGUAGGUAACGUAUUUGGGUUCAAAGCCCUGCGCGCUCUACGUCUGGAAGAUCUGCGAAUCCCUCCUGCUUAUGUUAAAACUUUCCAAGGUCCGCCUCAUGGGAUCCAAGUUGAAAGUCCUUUUUCGCAUUUUCAAGCACUGCCUUCUUCUCAUUUCCCACACUUGUCUUGCAAUUGUAAUGGUCAUACCUCAACCGAUCUAGUUGAGCUAGAGAUGAUGGAUUUUGAUUCUAUCAUGGGCAUGGACUGGUUGGCAGCUUGCUAUGCCACAGUUGAUUGCCGAGCAAAGGCAGCCAAUUCAAUUUUCCGGGUGAGCCAGUCCUUGAAUGUGUAG